AUGUCUCUGAAGCAUAGCAAGGUCAAGAAGACCCAGUCCACGAGAAGACAUGCGUUUGCGUCUUUCCGUGAACGAGUGGACUCAAUGAAAAUUGAGCCCAGUCUCAACUUGACUAAAAGAGUCCAUGAUUUUGUCGAAGUAUCCCAUUUCCUUACUACUUUAAACCAUUGGAAAGAAGUUAAUGUUAGUGGUGAUUUCACCGAUUUCUUAGACGAAAUCGAAUCCUUGGUCCAAACUUUGCCUCAGCUCUUAUACUAUCAAAAUAAAGUAUUUCAAUCUUUGGUGAAACAUAUAAAAAUUAAUGAUGCAAAUUCAAUUCAACCUUUAUUAGAAUUAUUAUCCCAGUUCAUUCAUGACUUGGGCCCGGAUUUUCUACCCCAUUAUGAAGAAUAUUUGAAACUAGUCACCGAUUUAGCUUGCUCAGUUAACCCAAAUGAUUUACAAAAUAAUAAAAACUCCUCAAAUAUCUUGGAAUGGUGCUUUAACUGUUUGGCAUUCUCUUUCAAAUACUUAUCGAGAAGUUUAGUUAAUGAUUUGAUUCCAACUUUUGAAAACCUUUUACCAACCUUAUCUUUAACUAAAAAAACUUACAUCUCAAGGUUCUCAGCUGAAGCUUUAUCUUUCUUGAUAAGAAAAUCUAAAUCCGAUUCCUUAGAUUCAAUGAUAACUUAUUCUUUCAAUAAUCAGAUUGAUCUCAUCAUUAAUAAUCAAAGCUAUCGUGAAUCCUUGGUCACUUUAUACGCAGAAUCAAUGAUGAGCACUUCCGGUAAUUUCCAUUCAAAAUCAUCUCUUAUUCUAUCUAAAUUAGUUGAUCAUUCAUUAUUAUUAAAUGAUUCAAAGGAUUCAUUAUCAAAGGGCUCAAUCAUCUCAAUAAUUUGUGAUAUCAUCUUAAACUUAUUCAAUCACGGUAAUCCUGACGCUUGUGAUAAAUUCUAUAACUUAAUCAUAAAUUAUCUUAAUGAGCUUCUUGAUAAAGAUUUAAACUUACAAUUAUUGCUUUCAGUUUCCCAAAUCUUAUCAACUCUUUCAUUUGCUGAGUCGGGUAAAAAAAUUAAAUCAUGGAAUCCAAUCAUUUCCGUAUUGAUUAAACUAAUCAAUAAAAUUCAAAAUUCAUCCCAUGAAAGUAAUUCAAGCUUGUUGAACUCCUUGGUUUAUAAUUUCAUCAUCUUAUUCCGUAAUGGUAAUAAUCAAGAAAUUACUAGAUUUCAUAAAACUUUAUUCGAUUCAAUUAUUUCUUUGAAUAAUGCUAGUCAUUUCCUCGUCUUUGCUGAUUCAAACUUAUCCAUAUCCGAAUCAAAAUUAUUAAGCUUUGGUAUUGCAAAUCACAUUCAAAACUUCAUUAAUAAAUUGUCUUCCAAAAAUUUCCAGUCAUUCGACAAUUUGAAAAAAUUGGCAUUUUUCUUAAAUAGGUUAUCUGCAAAAGAGUCAACCUUACUUAAUUCCAUUAUAAUCCCUCAUGAAGUCCAAGAUGUUAUAAUAUCCGAGUUGGAAUCAUUUUCAAAAAUUGCCAGUCAUGAUGACCUCCUAGAAAUUUAUUGGAGAAUUCUGGUUUUGAAAUAUAAUACUAAAUUCGUUAAUUUACCAACUCAAUAUUUUAUUAAAUUGAUCAAACAAUUAUUCAAUGAAUCAUUUAAAUUAGAUUCUAAACUUUCUCAUGAUUUAAUCGGUAUUACCAUUGAUUUACUAACCAUGUCAUUAUCAAUAAAUUCAAAUCCAAAACUUUCAAAUGAAAUCUUCGAUAUUGUUUUACUCAGUAAUAAUUUCUCCCGUUUUAAAGAAUCUCCAAUAUUAAUGAAUUCUUUAAAAAACUUUAUAUCCACUUCUCAUGCUUCCUUAGGUGAUAAAUUAAGUUUAAUUGCAAAUGCUACCAUUAUCUCCGUUUCCGAUAACCUUUCUUCUCCUAACCCUAAAGCUCGUUUAAAUUCAAUUGAAUUAAUGAUAAAAUUAACUAGUACCGUUCAUAGUUCUGAUGAAAUCUCUCCUAUUUUACAGCAAAUCCAAAUCAUAGAACAAAUUCCUUUGACUAUUUCCAAUUCAAGAGAUUUGGAACUAAGAAUUAGAAAUUUAGCUAAUACUUUUAAAAGUUUAGAAUCUCCUCUGGAUAUUGAAAAAAAAUCAAUCUCAAAUUACAUGAUUGGUCUUUUAACCAAUAAGUUUAAACCUUGUUGGGAUGGGGUCUAUAAAUCACUUCCAUUCAUUUCAGAAUCAUGUUCCCAAUAUCUUUGGAGCUUGUUUUCAUAUCUUCUCAAGUUUGACUUUAAUUCUCAAGAUUCAACCUAUUGCGAUUUAACUUCAGUCUUUGAUGAUAAUGAUGAAGGCUCAUUAGCAGAUUGGCAACCUAACAAUUAUAGAAUUCACGAUAACUUCAAACAUAUAAAUGAUGAAUUUCUUUCAAAAUAUCAGAAUGCUACAGUCUCGAUUAUGGACUUCGCUCAUGAAUUAAGAGGCGAUUCCCUUUACGAAUACAUGUUACGUUCAAGAGUUAUCCAAUCAUUGUCUGUGGUUCCAUCAAUUGCAGAAUCCAGAUCUGAAGAAUUGGUUCCUUUGGUGUUGAAGAAUAAUGACGAAAAUGAUAAUGACGAAAACUCAAACUCCCCACAUUGGUCGGUAAAAGAUCGUACUUCAUUAAUUUCUGUCUUUAGUAAGUUCAAGAAUUUGAAUAAGAUCCAUGAUAGAGAUGCUUUCAAAGCUCACAUCAUGGACAUGCUUAGUCAUAGACAAAGUCAAAUGCAAGAAGUUGCUUUGGAUGUGCUUAUGAACUGGAAAAUUCCGGGUGUCAAUAAGUAUAAAGAUAAUUUAAAAAAUUUGUUAGAUGACACCAUAUUCAGAGAUGAAGUUACAAAGUUGGUUGUUAAGGGGUCCGACUCAACCAUUGAAGAUCAAGAUUAUCCAACAGUUGUCCCAGUUAUAUUAAGACUUUUAUUCGGUAGAGCUCAGGGUGCAUCAAAAACAACUAGUAAGAUUGGUAAAAAAUUUGCCGUUUUUUCUGUUCUACCAAAUUUCCCUGAUCAAUAUAUUAAGGAAUUCUUAGAAAUUGGGUCAAGUAGAACCAGUUACGAGGCCUACUUCAGUGGAGAUUUGGAUUUAGACUCUGUUGAUUCUUUCGAAAUAAGAAGAAUCUUGGGUUAUGUCCAUCUUUUGGAAGAAGCUUACGGUUCUUUAGGUUAUAAAUAUAAAGAAGUUUUGGAAUCAACGAUUCAGCCUUUGCUUUUUUCAUUAAUCGUGGCCCAAGACAAGAUUGAUAAAUUAAAGGGUGAGGAAGAUAUUAUAUUUGUCAAGAGUAUUCGUUCUAUAAGACAGAAUGGUCUGAAGUGCUUUGAAACCUUAUUCAAAUUAUUAGGACCAAAAUUUGAAUGGGAUCAAUAUGUUGGGUUGAUUUAUAACUCAAUCAUCAAAGCAAGGUUAGAAAAGUUUUCUGAUGAAAAUAUCCAACAACCAUCUUCUGUAUUGAAAAUAAUACUUGGUUGGAUAGAAUCGGAUAACGUUAAUGAAUUCUUAUACAUAGAUGAUUUCGCUCCAGUUAAAGCUGUGGUUUCUUUGUUAUUCAAUCAGCAUUUGAAAGAAUCAGUACUUUCGGUGGUCUUAGAAUUUUGUAUCAAGGCAUUAACAAGAAAUAAAAUUGAUGAUGAUAGAUACUUUACUCUUGCUGCCAUCUUGGUUGAUUCAUUGCUUCAAAAUCUACCAAGUGUUAUUGAAAAAACAACUGAUCGUGAUACUAAUUCGAAAGCUAUUCAUAUUCUUCUUUUGAUUAUUGAAGGUAAUUACAUCGAUGAAGAUUCUACAAGAUCCUCCUUAUUGAAUUCUUUAACUUCAGCGUUGGAUAAACCUCAAAGUCAAGUUAUUUCAAAAGAUAAAACUAACAUUCUUCUUUCCUUAUCUGCUUUGAUCAAUGAAUUUGACUGUUCAUUCGAUGAAUUGUCAGGUCUCUAUAAAAGUGUAUCAAAGGCUUUCAGAGUUUAUAGUGACCGCUCAAUCCGUCAAACAUUAGUCACUGUGGUUCAAAGUAUUGGUAACAAAUUUGUUGAUUAUCAAGUUGUGGGUGAAUUACUUGAUGAUUUGAAUGCAAAUUCUCCAAAGCGUAUUGAAGAACCAGAUUUCGAAAGACGUUCAAGCGCAUUUAAAACUAUCAAUGAAGAUUUAUACAAGACUUUCUCCACUGACCAAUGGUUUCCUAUAAUUAAUUGUGCUUUAUUUUUCAUCAAUGACGAGCUUGAAUUGGCCAUAAGAACAAAUGCAGCAUUUACUUUGAAACGUUUUGUUGAUUGUUUUUCAGAAAAAGAAUCUAUUGAAGCAGCAAGUAAAUUCAUACAUUCUUUCAAAGACACAGUUUUGCCCCAUUUACGUAUCGGUAUUAGACAUCACAACCAAGAUGUCCAAUCUGAGUACAUUGGAUUGCUUUCCCAUAUUGUUGAACAUAACAAAUAUUUGCCGGAGUUUGAAAAUAUGAAGGUAUUAUUCGGUGAGGAUGAUGAAUCAAAUUUCUUUGAAAAUAUCACACACAUCCAAUUGUUUUCCCGUCAAAAGGCUAUUAGGGAUUUAGCAGGAUUGAGAAAUGAAUUAUCUGGUAGUAACAUUUCACACUAUUUAUUACCGAUUGUCGAAAGUUAUGCUGUUGCUAAGGAGGAAAAGUUUAGAAAUAUUUCUAAUGAAGCUGUUGUCACUAUUGGCUUAUUGUGUACUUGUGUUACAUGGACUCAAUACAAAGCCUUGUACAGAAGAUAUCUUGCAGCAUUAAAAAGUUCCAAACCUGAAGAACUAAAAGUCAGAGUAAAUAUCAUUGUUUCGGUAUCUAAAUCCUUAUUAGAUUCAACUAAUUCCAGAAAAGAGGGUAAGAAUGACGAUAUUUUGAAAGAUUUUCCAACAAAUCAAUUAGAAGUUGAUACAUAUAUCACUAAAGAGUUAUUCCCAUCUAUAUUAAAAGUUUUGAAUGUGCGUGAUGAUCAGACCAUUGUUGCUCGUGCUCCAUUGGCAGAGGCUUUAACUUGCCUUAUUAUGUGUAUUACAGAAGACCUUAUAGAAACUGAAUUACCUGGUACUUUGACUAGUACUUGUCAGGUCAUGCGUUCUCGUUCUGAAGAGUUAAGGGAUGCUGUUAGAAAGAGUUUAAGUAAAAUAGUGACAAUUCUUGGUGCUAAAUACUUCAAAUUUAUUUUACAAGAAUUAAAAACAGCAUUAUCAAGAGGUUCCCAAAUUCAUGUUUUGAGUUUCACAGUUCAUCAUAUGUUGGUACUGAUAUCACCAAUUUUAGAACAUGGUGACUUAAAUGACUCAGCUGGGCUUCUUGUUGAUAUAAUCAUGGAGGAUACUUUUGGUGCUGCUGGUCAAGAGAAAGAUGCUGAAGGUUAUACCAGUAAAAUGAAAGAAGUUAAGCAUAAAAAGAGUUUUGAUUCUGCUGAGAUCUUAGCUUCUAAUAUAAGUUUAGAGAACUUCAGUUUCCUCGUUCAUCCUUUGAAACUUCUUUUGAGUGAAAAUGUUUCUUAUAAGACUGAAAAUAAACUAGAUGAAUUAUUAAAAAGAUAUGCAUUGGGAUUAAACCAUAACUCUUCUUCGAGUACUAAAGAAAUAUUAGUUGUUUGCUUUGAACUUUACAAGCAAUCUGCAAAAGAAUCUGAAGAUAGACCAUUCAAAGGCAAGAAAAUUAGUGAAUCCGAGGAACACUUUUUGGUUCAACUCAAUGCUAGGCCAUUAAAAAUGCAAACCAAGAAUAAUCAAUAUAUCUGUACUUUACAAAAGUUCUCUUUAGAAUUAUUGAGGGUUUCUAUCACGAGAAAUGAUGCUUUACUUACAGUUUCUAACCUUGAAGGAUUCAUACCUAUUCUUCAAGAAAGUUUGAACUCUGACAAUGAAGGUGUUUGUAUAAGUUCAUUGAAGGUUUUAAAUAUCAUUGUUAGGCUUUCCUUCUCCGAAGAUAUUGAUGAAAUUUUCAAGUCUUGUGCUGCUAAGUCUUUGGAUAUCGUAAAGGAUAGUCCAUCCACAAAUUCAGAAAUUUGUCAAAGUAGUUUGAAAUUUUUAGCCACAAUCAUCAGACAUAAGCCAAAUGUUGAAUUAAGUGAUGCUGCAAUAAGUUAUGUAUUGGAACGAGUACUUCCUGACUUAGAAGAACCAAAUAAACAAGGUCUUGCGUUUAACUUUUUAAAGGCUGUUGUUUCUCAGCAUAUUAUGAUACCUGAAGUAUACGAUGUUAUGGAUAAAGUUGCCAAAAUUAUGGUGGUCAAUCAUUCUAAAGAAAUCAGGGACAUGUCUAGAAGUGUCUAUUUCCAGUUUUUAAUGGAAUACGAUCAAGGAAGAGGUAAAUUGGAAAAACAAUUCAAAUUCCUUGUCAAUAACUUAGGGUAUGUAACUCAAGCUGGUAGACAAAGUGUUAUGGAGUUGAUACAUUCAGUCGUUUUAAAAUCUGGAACAGAAUUCCUCAAAAAAUUGGCAUCUAGUUUCUUCGUUGCUCUAGCAAAUAUUGUUGUCAGUGAUGAUGUUGCUAAGUGUCGUGAAUUGGCCUCUACCUUAAUUUCAAAUAUCUUUAAAAAAUUGGGUACCUCCAAUUUAAGUAAUAUUGAAGCUUACGUAAAUGCAUGGCUCACCCAAUCCUCAAAUGAUUUAUUGAAGAGAUGUGGUUUGAACAUCUAUAAGAUCUAUAUUGGUGAAUUCGGCGUUGGAUCAAACAAACGCCUUGAUGAUGUUGCAAAAGAGACCAUUGAAAUUACUUUGAAGAAAUCUAGAAAUGCAAAUGAGGAUUCUUCUGAUACAUUGUGGGAAGAUGUUUAUAUAAAUUUGAGUGCAUUCAAUUCGAUUUGUUCCAAGUUAAGAGAGGAGGUUUUCAAGGAAAAGUAUGGUGAUAUCUGGGUAAGUGUAAUCGAAGUUUUGUUAUACCCUCAUUCAUGGGUCAGAUUGAUAUCUUGUCGUUUAGUUGGGCUUCUCUUGUCUAACUUGGAUAAUUUAGAAUUCGAAAUAAGCGAUUAUCAAAUUCAGACCAUAGCUUACAGACUUUUGCACCAAUUGGGAGCACCUUCAGUUUCAAAAGAAUUAGGAACUCAGAUUGUGAAAAACUUGGUUCUUAUUGUGAUGAGAUGGGAAUCAAACAAGACAUUAUUUAUUCACAACCAAGACAAAGUAGCUGAUACAGAUGAAGAACAAACCAGAUUCAAAUAUGCUUCUGAAUAUAUGGUUUCCCGUGUAUGUGCUAUUAUGAGACAAGAAAGAAACUUCAAAGAUGCAUAUAUCUCUAAAGUUUCUGCAAUUCAAUUUUCAGCAAUGCUAGUCCAAAUUAUGGACGAAAAUAAGAUAGCAGAAGCUGCUGAGAAAAUUUUGCUUGGUUUAUAUAACUUUACUGAAUUAGACCCAAGUAGAAGUGAUGAAGAUGCUAAAUUAGUUGAAUUAACUACUGAAUGUAUGCAAAUCAUUGAAAAUAAAAUGGGUGUAUCUGACUACACCGCCAUUUAUUCGAAAGUUAAACUGCUUGUUAACUCUAGAAGACAAGAGAGAAAAACAAAAAGAGCACAAAUGGCUCUUAAUGCUCCUGAUGUUGCAGCCAAAAAGAAGAUGAAGAAACAUGAAAGAUUUAGAGAAAAAAGAAAGCAUGUUAAGGACGAGAAUGGCUACUACCGUGCUAAGAAGAAGAGAACAAUUUAA